UAAUCUACGUCUUAAUACGCAAAAUCUCCUUCGCCACAAGAUUCUCUGUGCAUUUACUUGACAACCUGAAUCCCGAGUUUGGUCUGGAGAUUCUUUUAAGUUCUGCACCGUCCUUGUAGUGGUUCUACUUUGUGGGAGCUCUGGUAUGUUAUAAGCUAGAACAAUUGCUUAGGCAUUUAUCUUGGCAUGGGAGUUGUGACUGUUUCUAGCUCAGCUGCAAGGGCACCACUAGGAUUGAGCACCAAAGUUUCAACUGAUCGCUCCACAUUGAAAAGACCUUCAGUUGUUGCAUUCAAAGCUGAUAAAUCCAAUAACACCAUCCUGGUUGUGCCAAAUGAUCAGAUUCCAUUGCACAUAGAAACAACUAGGGAGAAUCAAAAGAAAGUAGGAAGAGCUAGCAAACCUACGAAAAGGGUAAAAUCAAUCUCUGCGAAUAUCUUUUCUCCGAGUAGCCGGGAAGUGGACUACAAUGAGGCUGCUGCCAAACUUGAAAGUAUAUACAAGCUUAGCCCCACAGUUGAAACUUCUGACCUGGAACAUGUUGAUGGUUUGAAGAGGAGAGGCCAAAGGAGAAAGAAGAGUGGCGAAGAUGACAAAGCAGGUAGCAAAACUAGUAAAAUUGUUGUCAGGAGCCGGAAAAGGAAGGCAAAGCGAUUGGAUCUUGAUAAAAGGAUUGCACUGAGAAAUAGGAAAGAGGAGGAGUUAGUGGACGCAAUUACUUCAGUUCGGAAGAGAAAAGAUGGUAAGGAUGAACAUGAGAAGAUUGAACAGCUGGUAAGGGAGUAUUCAGGUGCCACUGAUUUGGGAAGCUUGGACUGGAAGAGGAUGAAAAUACCUCCUGUUCUUCCUUCCACUGAGCAUGUUUGGCUGUUCAAGUUGAUGCAACCUUUGAAGGCACUCUUUAAGGUGAAAGAGGAAUUGGGAACAACGUUUGGGAGAGAGCCAACGGAUGGUGAAUUAGCUGAGGCCACAAAUAUUAGUGUUGUCCAAAUAAGAAAACAAAUAGAGGUCGGUCAAGCAGCAAGAAACAAACUCAUUAAGCACAAUCUCCGACUUGUAUUAUUUGUUAUGAACAAAUAUUUUCAAGACUUUGCAAAUGGCCCCAAAUUUCAAGACCUUUGUCAGGCUGGAGUCAAGGGGCUUAUUACAGCAAUUGAUCGCUUUCAACCGAGGAGAAAUUUGAGGUUGUCAACUUAUGGAUUUUUUUGGAUAAGGCACGCAAUUGUUCGUUCAAUGACACUCACAAGCUUUCGGCGUGUCUCAUUUGGCCUUCAAUCUGUUAGACUUGAGAUCCAGAGAGCCAAACUUGAGCUGUUGAUUGAGCUCCAAAGGGAACCAACGGAGGAAGAAAUUAUCAAGAAAGUUGGGAUAUCGCCUGAGAGGUACCAAGAAGUGAUGAGGGCUUCAAAACCUGUUCUCUCACUUCAUUCAAGGCAUGCUAUUACCCAAGAUGAGUUUAUCAAUGGAAUUACUGAUAUUGAAGGAGAUAAUCAAAGACAACCUGCUCUUCUCAGGCUUGCUCUUGACGAUGUGCUUGAUUCCCUGAAGCCAAAGGAGAGCUUAGUGAUCAGGCAGAGAUAUGGUCUUGAUGGUAAAGGCGACAGAACGUUGGGAGAGAUUGCGGGGAACCUAAACAUCUCGCGAGAAAUGGUACGGAAAUAUGAAGUUAAGGCACUGAUGAAACUCAAGCAUCCUGCUCGAGUGGAUCAUCUCCGCCAGUACAUUGUCUGAACCGAUCAACACCCAGGUAUAUAGUUUGCUCUUUCGUGGUAGUAUCAUAGUCAUUUUUAACUAGAUGAACAUAGAGAAAUUUAAUACCAUGUAACAUAUAGUUGAACAGACCAAAUAUCACCAAGAACACAUUGCGUGUACUCUAUUCCUAUUCGCUAUGCUUUCUUGUCAUACUUAUACAUUUACAGUACAGAAUUUAUCUAGCGCGCA